GGGGCGCGAGGCUGAGGCAGCAGCUGGGGCAGCCAGGGGAGCGGCCGGGUGGCCGGCGGGCCCAAUCCGCCAUGGAGGCUGUGCCCCGUAUGCCCAUGAUCUGGCUGGACCUGAAGGAGGCCGGUGACUUCCUCUUCCAGCAGGCCGUGAAGAAGUUUGUCCUGAAGAAUUAUGGAGAGAACCCAGAAGCCUACAAUGAGGAACUGAAGAAACUGGAGUUGCUCAGACAGAAUGCUGUCCGUGUCCCACGGGACUUUGAGGGCUGCAGUGUCCUCCGCAAGUACCUAGGCCAGCUCCACUACCUGCAGAGUCGGGUCCCCAUGGGCUCGGGCCAGGAGGCCGCCGUUCCUGUCACCUGGACCGAGAUCUUCUCUGGCAAGUCUGUGGCCCAUGAGGACAUCAAAUAUGAGCAGGCCUGCAUUCUCUACAACCUGGGGGCACUGCACUCCAUGUUGGGGGCCAUGGACAAGCGAGUGUCUGAGGAGGGCAUGAAGGUGUCCUGCACUCACUUCCAGUGCGCAGCAGGCGCCUUUGCCUACCUGCGUGAGCACUUCCCUCAUGCCUACAGCGUUGACAUGAGCCGCCAGAUCCUCACUCUCAAUGUCAACCUCAUGCUGGGCCAGGCUCAGGAGUGCCUUCUGGAGAAAUCAAUGUUGGACAACAGGAAGAGCUUUCUGGUGGCCCGCAUCAGUGCACAGGUGGUGGAUUACUACAAGGAGGCGUGCCGGGCAUUGGAGAACCCUGACACUGCCUCACUGCUGGGCCGGAUCCAGAAGGACUGGAAGAAGCUCGUUCAGAUGAAGAUCUUCUACUUUGCAGCUGUGGCCCAUCUGCACAUGGGGAAGCAGGCUGAGGAGCAGCAGAAAUUUGGGGAGCGGGUCGCAUACUUCCAGAGUGCCCUGGACAAGCUCAAUGAAGCCAUCAAGCUGGCCAAGGGGCAGCCUGACACUGUGCAAGAUGCACUGCGCUUCACUAUGGAUGUCAUUGGAGGAAAGAGGCUAGGUCCUGGAUCCCUACUGAUUGCUGGACUCGCCACUUCCCCUUCUGACUCCAGGUACAAUUCUGCCAAAAAGGACAAUGACUUCAUCUACCACGAGGCUGUCCCAGUACUGGACACCCUGCAGCCCGUGAAAGGCGCCCCCUUGGUGAAGCCCUUACCAGUGAACCCCACAGACCCAGCUGUUACGGGCCCUGACAUCUUCGCCAAAUUGGUACCCAUGGCUGCCCACGAAGCGUCAUCGCUAUACAGCGAGGAGAAGGCCAAGCUGCUUCGGGAGAUGAUGGCCAAGAUUGAGGACAAGAAUGAAGUCCUGGACCAGUUCAUGGACUCGAUGCAGUUGGAUCCUGAGACCGUAGACAACCUUGAUGCGUACAGCCACAUCCCACCCCAACUUAUGGAAAAGUGUGCAGCUCUCAGUGUCAGGCCUGACACCGUCAAGAACCUUGUCCAGUCCAUGCAAGUUCUGUCAGGUGUGUUCACGGAUGUGGAGGCCUCCCUGAAGGACAUCAGAGAGCUGCUCGAGGAGGAUGAACUGCUCGAGCAGAAGUUGCAGGAGGCCCUGGGCCAGUCCGGGGCCAGCCUGGCAGGAGGAGCCGGCUCCAGGGCGGAGCUGGCCGAGGUGAAGCGAGACUGGGCCAAGUACAUGGAGGUCCACGAGAAGGCCUCCUUCACCAACAGCGAGCUGCACCGCGCCAUGAAUCUGCACGUCGGUAACCUGCGCCUGCUCAGCGGGCCGCUGGACCAGGUCCGGGCUGCCCUGCCCACACCAGCCCUCACCCCAGAGGACAAGGCUGUGCUGCAGAAUCUGAAGCGCAUCCUGGCCAAGGUGCAGGAGAUGCGGGACCAGCGUGUGUCCCUGGAGCAGCAGCUGCGCGAGCUUAUCCAGAAGGAUGACAUCACUGCCUCACUGGUGACCACGGACCACUCAGAGAUGAAGAAGCUAUUUGAGGAGCAGCUGAAGAAGUAUGACCAGCUGAGGGUGUACCUGGAGCAGAACUUGGCGGCCCAGGACAAUGUCCUGCGGGCACUGACAGAGGCCAAUGUGCAGUAUGCGGCCGUGCGGCGGGUGCUCAGUGACCUGGACCAAAAGUGGAACUCCACACUGCAGACUUUGGUGGCCUCCUAUGAAGCCUAUGAGGACCUGAUGAAAAAGUCCCAAGAGGGCAAGGACUUCUAUGCAGACCUGGAGGGCAAGGUGGCAGCCCUCUUGGAACGGACCCAGUCCACCUGCCAGGCCCGAGAGGCUGCCCGCCAGCAGCUCCUGGACAGGGAGCUGAAGAAGAAGCCGCCCCCGAGGCCCACAGCCCCAAAGCCGCUGCUGCCCCGGAGGGAGGAAGGAGAGGCGGAGAUGGGAGACCUGCCUGAGGAGCUGCGCAGCCUGCCCCCUGACAUGGUGGCUGGUCCACGGCCCCCUGACAUCUACUUGGGAGCCGCCGCCCCUCUCCACUUUCCUCCCAGCCCCUUCCCCAGUGUUGCGGGCCCGGGAUCCCACUAUCUCUCAGGUCCCUUACCUCCUGGUACCUACUCGGGCCCCAGCCAGAUGUUGCCACCCAGGGCCCCCCAGGCCCCAGGACAUCCUGCAAUGGCUGUGGCCCCUGGACCUGCCCUCUUCCCAGCCUCUGCCUACACACCAGAGCUGGGCCUUGUGCCCCGAUCCUCCCCACAGCAUGGCAUGGUGAGCAGCCCCUAUGGGGGGGUAGGGCCACCCCCACCAGUGGCAGGUCUGCCCUCAGCCCCACCUCCCCAGUUUGCAGGUCCCGAGUUGGCCAUGGGGGUUCGGCCAGCCACCACCACGGUGGAUAGCAUCCAGGCCCCCAUCUCCAGCCACACAGCACCACGGCCAAACCCCAGCCUUGCUGCUCCUCCCCAACCCUGCUUCCCAGUGUCCCCACCACAGCCACAGUUGCUCCCUGCACCCUAUACCUACCCUCUGGGGGCCAAGCAACCCCUCACAGCUCCCCCUACCCAGCACCACUUUUCUCCUGGGAUUCCCCCAGGUUUUCCAGCCCCAAGGGUAGGCCCCCAGCCCCCGCCUCCUCCCACAGGAGUGGCUUUUAGGCCCCAGCAACCCCUUCCACUCCAGCAUCCAAACCUUUUCCCACCCCAGGCUCAGGGGCGGGUACCCCUCCAGGCCCCCCAGCCCCCUCAGCCCCCUCAGCCUCCCUAUCCCUUUACCCCUCAGCCUGGUGUCCUGGGUCAGCCCACACCAUCCCUGCACACACAGCUCUACCCAGGCCCCUCUCAGGACCCUCUGCCCCCCCACUCAGGGGCUCUGCCCUUCCCCAGCCCUGGGCCACCUCAGUCUCCCCAUCCCACCCUGGCAUAUGGUCCUGCCCCUUCCCCCAGGCCCCUGGGCCCCCAAGCAGCCCCUCUCUCCAUUCGAGGCCCCUCACCUGCUGGCCAGCCCACCCCCAACCCCCACCUGGUGCCUUCACCGGCCCCAUCACCGGGGCCUGGCCCAGUACCUCCUCGGCCCCCAGCAGCAGAGCCGCCCCCAUGCGUGCGCCGGGGCACUGCAGCCGCAGACCUCCUUUCCUCCAGUCCUGAGAGUCAGCACGGGGGCACACAGCCGCCCGGGGGUGGGCAGCCCUUGCUGCAGCCUAUGAAGGUGGACGCGGCUGAGGGCCGCCGGCCACAGGCCCUGCGGCUGAUUGAGCGGGACCCCUACGAGCGGCCUGAGAGGCUGCAGCAGUUGCAGCAGGAGCUGGAGGCCUUUAGGGGCCAGCUGGGCGACGCGGGGGCUCUGGAUGCCAUGUGGCGAGAGCUGCAGGAUGCACAGGAACAGGACGCUCGGGGCCGGUCCAUCGCCAUCGCGCGCUGCUACUCGCUGAAGAACCGGCAUCAGGACGUCAUGCCUUAUGACAGUAACCGCGUGGUGCUGCGCUCGGGCAAGGAUGAUUACAUCAACGCCAGCCGCGUGGAGGGGCUCUCACCAUACUGUCCGCCCUUGGUGGCCACCCAGGCGCCACUGCCCGGCACAGCUGCUGACUUCUGGCUCAUGGUGCACGAGCAGAAGGUGUCGGUCAUUGUCAUGCUAGUGUCUGAGGCUGAGAUGGAGAAGCAAAAGGUGGCACGCUAUUUCCCCACUGAGAGGGGCCAGCCCAUGGUGCACGGUGCUCUGAGCCUGGCGCUGAGCAGCGUCCGCACCACCGAGACCCACGUGGAGCGCGUGCUGAGCCUGCAAUUCCGAGACCAGAGCCUCAAGCGCUCGCUCGUGCACCUCCACUUCCCCACAUGGCCUGAGUUAGGCCUGCCCGAUAGCCCCAGCAACCUGCUCCGCUUCAUCCAGGAGGUACACGCACACUACCUGCACCAGCGACCCCUGCACACGCCGGUCAUCGUGCACUGCAGCUCCGGAGUGGGCCGCACGGGGGCCUUUGCGCUGCUCUACGCGGCCGUGCAGGAGGUAGAGGCCGGAAACGGGAUCCCAGAGCUGCCCCAGCUCGUGCGGCGCAUGCGGCAGCAGAGGAAACACAUGCUACAGGAGAAACUGCACCUCAGGUUCUGCCAUGAGGCGGUGGUGAGACACGUGGAGCAGGUGCUGCAGCGCCAUGGCGUGCCCGCUCUGAGCAGGGCUCCAGCCGGCACAGGGAUCAGUCAGAAGAAUCACUUUCCUCAGGACUCCCAGGACCUGGUCCUCGGUGGAGACGUGCCCAUCAGCUCUAUCCAGGCCACCAUUGCCAAGCUUAGCAUCCGGCCUCAUGGGGGCCUUGAUUCUCCAGCUGCUGGCCUCCCUGGCCCUGUAGAGCCCCCAGGCCUGCCACCAGCCAGCCUCCCAGAGUCUGCCCAGCUCCCUUCCUCCUCCCCACCCCCUAUCUCUUCACCCCUGCCUGAGGUCCCCCCGCCUGAGGAGGAACAGCCAGUACCUGAGGCCCCCAGCCUGGAGCCCCCCUCCUCCUCCCUGGAGCUGUUGGCCUCCCUAACUCCUGAGGCCUUCUCCCUAGACAGCUCCUUGCGAGGAAAGCAGCGGAUGAGCAAGCAGAACUUUCUGCAGGCCCAUAAUGGGCAGGGUCUGCGGGCUGCCAGGCCCACCGAUGACCCUCUUAGCCUUCUGGAUCCGCUCUGGACACUCAACAAGACCUGAACAGGUUUUGCCUGCCUGGUUCUUCCACUAUAUCAUCUCCCAAGCCAGUCUGCCCAUGCCUAGCAGGGCCUCUCACUCCCAUUCCUGCUGCCUUCAGCCCUAUCUGGCCUGGCCCGCACCCCUGUGGGGUUGAGCUGUAUCGCGGGUUUUGGGUCAAGUUCUGCUCCUUUGUGGGACCUGACAUUUUUCAUCUCUUUGCUAUUAAAGUAAUCAACUGAU